ACGAGGUCAGCGGACGUGACGUCAGUUGGAGCGAAGAACAUCCGGUUCAAAGCAAUCGGUUGGAGGAGGUCGGAUAAGGUGGAGCCGUGUUGUUACAUAGGGAGGCUGAGCUGGCCCGGGUGAGUAGAGGGGAAGCCCGAUAAUAUGAUGGAUUGCAGGGCGGGGAACCCGGGAUAUUGACCUUAGGAUAGGGGGCGGGGAGCCGGGCAUUAGAGGGGGGAUACAGAAUGGCAACAUGAUUUCACUGAAACAAAGACGGUUUGGGGAGGCUGGGCUGAGCCGUCACUCUGUAUGGUGGGCUUGUGGGAUAGGGUGCCGUGCUGCGGGUGCACACAAUGUGUAGAGGAGACCAGGGCAAGGAACCUACGGGUUAAAUGGCUGGACAUAGCAGCGUAAAUAAAUUAUACAUGUUCAGCCAGCCACUUGGAAAAGAGGGGUAUCGUGUUGUCCCUGGGGCAGGGGGCUAACUGCAGCUAUUGCAUUGUCCCAGGGGUAAGGGGGCUUUCAUAAUGUUUCUGGGGCAGGGGGUAAGGGUCCUUCAGCCACGUCCCGGGGCCAAGGGUCCUUCAGCCACGUCCCGGGGCCAAGGGUCCUUCAGCCACGUCCCGGGGCCAAGGGUCCUUCAGCCACGUCCCUGGGGCGGAGGAGCGAGUGGGUUUUCACCACGUCCCUGGGGUGUCAAACAUAUAAGAUUGUGUUGGAGUGUUUAGGAUUACUUUGCUGUGCUCCUGGAUAAGAAAGACCGGGUAAUUAGAAACUAAGAUUUUGUGUUUAAACAGAUCUAUGUUGGUUAAAAGAAGGGAUAUAUGGGAAUGUUGAGGGAUGGUAUACUGAAUUGGAAACCAGCAUAAACAAGGACUUGGAACUGCAUUUUGAUACUGCAACUGGGUGAAAGGUACAUGAAGAGGUGUAAGCACAGCUCGAGCAAGAGAAUAUUAAAGGCUGGGAACUGCUUGAGAGACAGGAAUAUGAGUAGCUGGCCUUACUCAUAGAAAUAUCUAUUCUGGCAGUGCACUACAUUGAGAGGCUGGAAUAUGAGUGCUUCAGGGUUAAAACAUGAGAGAGUAUAGAGUCUAGUGGAUGUAAUCAAGUAACUAGACAAAACAAUGUUGAUUUACUGGCAGUAUGUGCUGCAGUACAUAUACAGUGUAUGUAUUAUUUAUGUGAUAACUAUAGCACUUACUGGAUAACACCUACUGUAAUGGAAUCUGUAAAGUGCUAAGUACACUUGCUAGUGCUAUAUAAAUAAAAUAUACACUGUAGAACUUGCUGGAUUCCAAUCUUCUCUAAAGUGCAGAGUACCUUUUGUUAUUCAUUGUGUAUCUUCUGCACUUAUGUUACCUUCCCUCCAGAAAUGUUACCUGUGACAACAUAUUCAAUUUUUUUUUCCAAAUAAAAUUUACAUACAAUGUAUAACUGUGUACCUACUACACUUACCACACCUCCCUUCCACUGUAAUGUAAUCUAUAAAGUGCAAGGAGUGCUUUAUAUAAAUCGAUCAUCCAUACAUACACUAUGUACUAUUGUUCCCUCUGAGUGCCGUACGUCAUUACUACACAUGGGCUAAUAGCAUGUUCUACCGGUACACAAAUGUAAAUUUAAAACAGAUACAGAUUUUUCACGAGACUUGUGAAUUCAAAAGUAUUUAUAUUUCCUUGAAGUAGUUUAUCUAGCAGUAAUUCUACACAUUGCGAAGAGCUGUUGGUCUAAGUGUAUCUUGCAUAUAUGGACUCAAACUCCCAGUACCUUUUGGUAUCACCUCUGGUGAUUUCAAACUCAAAGUAUUAACUAAACAAACAAAAUGUUACCUGCUUGUCCACCAACCCCUAAAAAUGUUACAUGGGUGGGUUAGAGGUUUUUUGUACCAUUGCAAUGGCCACCAAUUUUUACGUUUUUUUUUUUUUUUGUCAAGAUAAAGUUUUUGAGAAACUGCAAUGAUUACUUUGCAGCACUAAGACUGCUUCUAGCGAUUGUCUAUCAGACAUCCACUAGAGGUGUUUUACUCUGUUUACCGACACUGGGCGAACUCACGCUUUGCAUAAGAACAUCUAGUGUCAGUGAAAACGGUCAAUGGCACUGGCACUUUCGUGGUAGGAAUACAGAUUUGUAUUCCUAACACUAUAGAAUCCCUUUAAAGUGGCUCUGCCACUUCUGAGUAUUUAGUAAAGAUAUAAUCUUUAAUAAAUAUUCAUGCUAACUGCAUUUGAAUGUCAUUGAAAUUUAAACAUAAUCAUAAGGUAAAACAGGGACUACAUUGUCUUCCAGCUAGCCUGAAGUUGUCAAAUGGUAAAUCUUUGUUGUCAACUCUUGCCAAAUCCCAGCUUCCUAGUGCCUUUAGAUUCGGGGCGCCUAUUUUAAAAGUUAAAGAUAAAAAUUAACCUUUCAUCCAGGCUGCUCUAUGUUUAGAACUAUAGAUUUACUUCCCAUUAUCCAUUGCAGGGCAAAGCUCCCAGUGCUUCUUGACAUGCCUCCGUCUGCAUGGACGUCCAAUCAUAGGCUUCUCCGAGAGACGCGCCCUUGGUUGGACUAUUUAACAGUCUCAGAGCGCAUGCAUGAUGAAGGGCUAUGGGAUAAACAAUACUGAAUGGGAUAGGGAGGCGUGGAAGGGAGUAGACAUGAGCUUCCCAUGGCAGGUUUUGUCAGGAAGAAAUUCCAUAUUUUUAUUGAAUUUUUUUCAAAAGUAAUUUACACACAUGAAUUAUAAACCAAAUAGUGAACAUUAACAAUGUCAACUUAUACAUCUGAAAUAUGUUUUUUUAAUUCGUAAAAUAAAUAAAUUGUAAUGUUAAUGAAUACGUUGUGUUUAUAUUAUAUAAUAAUGCUUUAUGAUUGUAUUCCAUAAAGGAUCACUACAGGGAAUGUAAGCUCAUUGAGCAGGGUCCUCCACCUCUCCGUUCCUGUAUGUCCAAUUGUCUGGUUAAAAUUACAUGUCAGUCCACCCAAUGUACAGCACUAUGGAAUGUGAUUGUGCUAUGUAAAUAAUAAAAUAAUAGGGUCAGGAACACAAAUGUAUUCCUGACCCUAUAGUGAAAACCCACCAUUUAGGUGGCAUAUGGGUCCCCCCCUCAAAAUUGCCGAUUUCUAGCCAAUCCAUGGGGAAAACAUUGGAAUGGCUAAAAUCGGAAAGGAGUGGGGACAAACACUGUUUUGUCCAAUCAGCACCUCCUCAUAGAGAUGCAUUGAAUCAGUGAAUCUCUAUGAGGAAAAUUCAGCAUCACUUCAGGAAAGACGAGACUGGGGGGGAUAUGUUAUAAACAUUUAAAUACAGAAAGGGAAUCAACACAGGAGGAGGCUAUAUUUAAAAGAAAAACUACAACAACAAGAGGACAAAAGCUACCACAACAAGAGGACAUAGUUUUAAAUUAAAGGGGCAACGGUUUAAAAAUAUCAGGAAGUAUUACUUUCCUGAGAGGGUAGUGGAUGCAUGGAAUAGUCUUCCAGCUGAAGUGGUAGAGGUUAACACAGUAAAGGAGUUUAAGCAUGCGUGGGAUAAGGCCAGGGAAUAAUGCAAGUAUUUAGAAAAUUGGGCAGACUAGAUGGGCCGAAUGGUUCUUAUAUGCCGUCACGUUCUAUGUUUUGUCAUUCUGUGUGGAUACCAAAUAGGCACCAACACCACUACAUUAAAGGGGCACCCAGACCACUUAUGCCCAUUGGAGUGGUCUGGGUUUUAACCCCUUCAGCAACCUGGGGUGGGAGGGAGAGGGGAUCUGCAGUGCCAGGAAAACUAUUUGUUUUCCUGGCACUGGAGAGUCCCUUUAAGUUGUCAUGGUUUUAGUGCUUAGUAUCCCUUUAAAGAAAGAAAAUCUCUUGAAUACCUGGACUAAAAGUUUUUGAUUUCCUGCAAUUGAGGUGGUUUUUUUUUUUGUUUUUUUUAUGGAAAAAAAGCUUUUGAAGUCAGGCACACUCAUCUAUUCAGAAGUCAGUUACAUAAAAAAACUGAACCUUCACAGACCUGGAUCUUCUACGACAUUAUGUUUCUAGCUCAUGGAGAUGGGCUUAACGGCUGACUUCACCCAGAUGGUUUAUAGAGAGGGAAGGAGAAUCCUUCAGCUCUCUCAUACCUAACAGAGCAUUGCUAAGGGGGUUCUAAAGCUAAUAAUUUAUCAUCUAACCUCAUCAGGGAUUUUUUUACAUAAAAUGUCAUCUUUGUAUUUAUGGAUUUAAAAAUAUGUUCUACCAUUAAUCUAAACAGCAGAUCAGGUAGUGUGUGUAUAUUGCAAACAUAGUAUACACUUAAAAUAAAAAAAAGUAAGCAAAAACAUUGAAAUCCAGUUUAACCAAAUCUAGAUUAGCAAAUUAAUAAUUUAUUUUCCAGAAUAUCAUGGCGUUGGUUAUGAGUGCAACAUAAUGUGGACAGCAGUAAUCCACAGGGAAGAGUUUUUACAGCUGUUGCAGAUUUACAUAUAAAGAUAUAUUGUUUAGAUUAAUCUUCGUUGAAACACAUGAUCGUUUCCAGAUCAAAGGCUCUUUAUUUACUCAGAAAAUAGGUCAGUGUUUUGUUUUUUUCCCCCUCAUAUUUAAUAGAAUGGCAUGACUGGUUAACAUAAAAGGAGGUGUAGAAAUCUUUAGAUCAAUGGGUUCGGUUUGGGAAGCAUUUGUUUCAAAGGUUCAUAAUUCUUACCGGUUAUGGUAUACACAUCGUAUAUUCAUAAUGAAUAUAGAUGCAAGCAAAUAUAUGGAUUUAAAGUGACCUCCCCAACGGUCAUUCAGAUCUUGACAUACACACCUACAAGUGGUUUUGCUGCUUGUCUUCAAAGCAGCUGCAGUGCAUAUGCUGCUGUUAAAUUGAUUACUUUUGGCAAGUGUAAGACUAUGAGCUUCUCAAGUUAUGUUUGAGGACUAUAGGGCAGAAUGAUAAACGUCAUUCCAUUCAGUGUGCUGGCACUGAUUCCUACCAAUAAGCAUGAUCGGGUUUGUGUGUCAUGCUUUGGGAAGUUCUUUAGGAGGAAAGUUACUGCUAGUUGAACAUACACAAACCUGACAUCAGGACAGCAUUGACAUUGCAAGCUAGGGUGUAAGUAUUGUAUUAAAAUGCCUAAAGAAAUACAUUUGUUCAUAUAUAUUUAUAAGUGAUCUAUUAAUUGCAUCAUUAACUGUUACCUUCAAAGGGUAAUUAAUAGAGGGGCCCCAAAAACGUUAACUGCAACCUUUCCUGUUUUUCCUUUGACACACUACACUUAUUACCUUGUAAUUUGUAUUUGUUUAUUGUAAUUGAAGGCAAUCCUAUAACAUUUUCUGUAAUUCCACAGCCACCUUGCUGUGUCUAAAACUAGUAGCGAAGUUCCUGUUUUGAAGGAGAAACCCAAAGCAAUCCCUUACUUUUGUAGAUGAUGGCUUAUGGGAGAGACAUUUUUGCCUACGAUGUACAGAUGCAUAUUGCAGGUUUCUAGAAUUUGCACUAGUGAUUGGGAUCCACUAGAGGCAUUUAAACCCUGAAUGUAAAUAUUGCCGUUCCUGCAGAAUGGCAAUGAUUUUACUUGUUGGGUUAACAUGAUGAGAACAUGGCAGCCACAUCACUUUGAGAUUAAGAUUAUCGUCCCUUUAAUGGCUAUUCUCUAUUCCAGCUUAGUUGAUUGGGCAAGCAUAUACUGCAUUUGUUUCAGUCUGCAAUCUGAAAGUCUAUAGAAGUUAGUCUUGCACAUUUCACUUGUGUAGCUAUAGUUUCUUUUCCAGCAUUGAAUUUAAAUUUCAUGUGCACUUUUGAUAGACCUUUGGCCAUGUCUUGCCACCGUGCAAUGUUCUUCCAUGACAGAUGUACUUUAUAUUCUGUAAACCUUUUAUAUUUGAUUUUUAACAUGGCCUGUUUAGCAGUUCUGAGAAUAAUAUGACUAAUUUAUGACAUUGCAAUUCAAUGAUAGUCCAAGUUUGGCUUUCCAGCUUCCUCUGGUUGGCCUUGGAUCAUGGGACGUGUUGCCAAGUUCAGACACCCAUAUUGUAAUGCAUAUGCUCAUAUAUUUAUUGAUGCACACUUUCUCACUGUUUCUCUUUUCUCUUCAGAAGACUACUGCUACAGAUGGGUUCCAGACAACAGCAUAGUGCUACCUUGUGAAGGGGGUUUGCACCGAGGACCUUAUUGCUCCCUUGCUCUGUUUUACCCCUUCAUAGUAACAUGUCUGUGGAUAUGAACAGUCAGGGAUCAGACAGCAAUGAGGACUAUGAUCCGAAUUGUGAUGAUGAUGAUGAGGAGGAAGAGGAUGACCCAGGGGACAUAGAGGAUUAUUAUGAUGGGGUUGCAAAUGACGUGGAACAGCAAGGAGCAGACUCUUUUGAUCCAGAGGAAUAUCUUUUUAGCUGUCUUACCUACCGAGAGUCUGAGAGUGCUCUGAAUGAGCAAAUGGCAAAUAUGGCAUCUUUGCUAAAGGUAAGCAGAUGUAAAGGUCACUGGAUCCUUUUUCUUAAACACACUUUGUGAAAUUUAUCUUGCCUAUUGUGAGAUGUAAGAAAGUCUUCCAAAAGCAGAGUUAUUUGAUUAAUGAUUAUUUUUUUCACUCUCUGAUUUAUCAUAUAACUUAGUCGGUAGCUAUUUAUUAAAAACUUAGUCGGUAGCACUGAGCAGGUCUUUCUGACAGCAACUAGUGGCACUGCUGCCGAGUCAGACUCAGUUCUUACACGUCACCUUUUCUAAAUGCUAUUUGAUUGGUGAAGUGCGGCACACACUGCACAUGUGCUUCUCUUCCCCCUUGUGACCUUCAGUGGACGACCCUUUCAGAAUCUUUAUUGUAUUUGGGGGUUCUGAUGUAAAAACGUUCAAAUAUUUCUCUUCCGCAAUGCUUCUCUGUGAGGAGCAUUGGAUUUGUUGAGAAUAAAUGUCUGCUGAAUGACGUCACAAUAGGCUGUAUCAUGUGAGUCUCUGUGUUGGGGGAAAAAUGGUACGUUUUUAAACCUUUUUUCCUCUUAGACUGAAUUUACGGGGCUGAAUCUAAACAGUGAAGCGACACUAUAGCAGGUGUAAUACUUGUUUGUAUUUCUAACGCUAUAGUGUUCCUUUAAAACGGAAUCCCCAAAUCUGUGAUAAAGGUGUAUACAUGUGUAUAUUUAUAUAUAUUUUUAUCUGGCUUUAAUGAAAAGAAAAAGGUUUUUUUUGUUUUUUUUUUAAAUCUCUUAAUGGGGCAGGGUUGGAAUGAAGUGCAUUUCUGAGAGGCACAGGAACUUAUGCAAUUUUCUGAUGAAUUUGCUCAUUGUUUUUUUUUACUGAUACCAUUCUCAACUAAUUUGCUUUUGUUAACCUUCUUGUUGCAUUUAGUAUUUUUGCCCAGAUCUAAGAGGAGGUUGUCACAGCAUGGAGUCCAAGAUGGCAAAAUGUUCUUUUUACAGUUUCAUUUUUAAAAUACACUAUAUUUUAUUUUUUAAUUUGAAUUAUUAUUAAUGAAAGUAUUUUUAUUUAUUUAUUUUUUAAAUGGCAUAUACCGGUAUUUUUUUAUUUUAAGUAACAUGGCAUUUUACUGCACUUUGGAAGCCCCCAGUGGAAGUCAUUUAGGCCUGCCCUAUUGCUGACAUGGACUAAAACCAAUCAUAGGACUUGUUUCGUUUUGUAGGCAAUGGAAGGAAACCUGCCAUGUGUCUGCACAGAUUAUUGGGGGGGACUCUAUUUUUAUUGGGUUGCUCUGCUGACUGACUGUGAUUACAUUAUCCUGAUCACUGCCUGAUGGGGACUCGGGUAAAAAAAAGUAACUGCCCCUUUGACAGCGUCAUUACAAUGUUCCAUUCUUUUAAUGAAAUACAACUUUUAGUGUCUUUUUACAAGGUUGUUUAUAGAACAAGCCGUUCAGAACAUAUAGUAACCUUUUUCUUCUCUUCAGGAUUUUUGUAAUUAGAGUACAAGGUGGGGGAGGGAGGCCUGAAAACAUUUUUACUUUAUUUUAUUUUUUUUAUUCUUUAUUUUUGUUGUUCGUUAAAAAGACACAAGAGCUUAUUAAGCCACAACAGCAGCAGCAUUAGGCACAGAUAAAUCAACAUAUCAAAACAGUGGUAAUGCAAUGACGUUACUGCACAUUUUUAUAUGUAGAAAAAGGUUUGCUAGUAACACGUAGAGAGUGUCAGCUGGAUGUUUGUGAGGGUACCAGCCCCAGAUGGUAGGCAACUAUUGCUAGAGCGCUCUACCUAUUGAUAGCAUGUCAGGCUGACUAGGUGUAGUUGCCUACUAAUCAAGUGAGUAUUGGAGAUAGUGAGAGACGUGUCCCUGCACUAAUAAUUUAACUUUUUUAACCCCUUAAGGAUGUUGAGACAGCAUGAAACAUCCUAAUGUUUUGGUUUGAGCCAGGUUAAAUUAAUCGUUUCUUGGGGGGCUCACCUCUGUUGGCUGGGGCCAUAUUUUUGGGCACUAGACGGACAGGUGAGCUGUGUGCCAUUCUCAAAUUGAGUGUUGCAUGAUACAGCCCUUCAAAUCUGUUUAAAUCCUCUAAGUGCAAUCGAUUAGCCGUGGUGAUUUUGAGCCGGCUGCCCACAAGAGCAGGAGGCCCCCAGUGUGUGAAAAGAAGCAUUUUCAAUGAUCGUGAUUGGCACUGGACUUUGCCAGCUGCCCAGCACCAUUUGUAGUGUGAUUGGAACAGACAGCAUUCCAGAGUUGCAGCAUGAGAGUGACAUCUUCACAUCCUGCAGUAACCUAGUAGAUGACCCUCACAGAGUACUCUGUUUGUGAGCUGGGAAAUCCUUGUGCUGUCAGCAGGAGGAAUCCCUCUGUGAUGGGGAGGGUUUAGGGCUACUGUAGGUUAAGGGCUAAUGCUGGGUUAGGAUUAAAGGGACACUAUAGUCACCUGAACAACUUUAGCUUAAUGAAGCAGUUUUGGUGUAUAGAACAUGCCCCUGCAGCCUCACUGCUCAAUCCUCUGCCAUUUAGGAGUUAAAUACCUUUGUUUAUGAACCCUAGUCACACCUCCCUGCAUGUGACUUGCACAGCCUUCCAUAAAUACUUCCUGUAAAGAGAGCCCUAUUUUAUUGCAAGUUCUGUUUAAUUAAGAUUUUCUUAUCCCCCACUAUGUUAAUAGCUUGCUAGACCCUGCAAGAGCCUCCUGUGUGUGAUUAAAGUUCAAUUUAGAGAUUGAGAUACAAUUAUUUAAGGUAAAUUACAUCUGUUUGAAAGUGAAACCAUUUUUUUUUUUCAUGCAGGCUCUGUCAAUCAUAGCCAGGGGAGGUGUGGCUGGGGCUGCAUAAACAGAAACAAAGUGAUUUAACUCCUAAGUGACAGUGAAUUGAGCAGUGAAAUUGCAGGGGAAUGAUCUAUACACUUAAACUGCUUUAUUUAGCUAAAGUAAAUUAGGUGAAUAUAGUGUUCCAUUAAUUAUGUUUCUUGGUUGGGGAUAGUGUAGGAUUAUGGUUAGGGUAGGUUGUUGUACAAUAAAUACACAAGCUCCUGGUGUCUCCGAAAUGUUAAAGUGGAAAUAAAACCUUAAUAUAUUGACUUGAAUAUUCUGAUAAACGAUCAGUACGGUAAGUCAAGAAAAAGUGUGUGUGUGUAUAUGGGAAAAGUGUGGAAGGGGAUAAGAGAAAAAAGUGUGCGCAUGCGCACAAAGCAUGCAUGCCCAUACAUUACCACCCUGAAUCAAAUCAACCAAAAAUAAAGGUAUAUAGGCUACAGAGCUGGCAGACCCAGAUGAUAGCCACACCAUCCAUUGAAAUCAAGUGGGGUUUACCUCUGGUAAUUCUCAAAACUGGAUACAAUUCUUCAAUUGUACGGAUGUCGUAAGCUUUGCUGAUCAAUCUAUCCGGGCCACACUCCGCCUCCAAAACACUUAAAUAAGGCUAUGAGUGGUGUAAAUGAAAUUUUAAAGUCUUAUGAUGUUUUGAGACCGAAGAAUUUGUAUUUCUGUGAGUGUUGAACUGAAUUAAUACAUUUCAAGAAUGGUUGUAUAGGGGAGGCAGAUAUGAAAAAACUUACUAAGUUCUCUGUUAUACCAAUAGCAUUCAUGGUCCUGAUGGAAAGUAUAGGAUGCCAAUUUGCCAAUUUUGGGGUUAUGUCAGUGUGUGUGCAUGUUAUAUUCAGUCUUAUGAUACUUUGUGCUUAUAAAUGACUUCUGGUUCAAAUCUGUCCUGUUAUGUUCCCAGUAAUUAGUGAAAUGUGGUAGAGGAGCCAUCUCCUUAGUUGUAAUCCAUGAUAAGUACAGUAAUGAUAUAGCAUGCGCCAGAGGUCUAGGUUGAUAAAAAAAGAUAAAGUUGGAGAAUGGAAGUCAAGAACCCAGGCAUAAGCCAAGCGAAACUUGAGUUGAUGGUAGUUGGACCAUGGCAUCAGGAAUAGCAGUUUCCUUAUGACACAUUCAUAAGAAUAGAGCCACCUCUAUAAACAUCCUUCAGACAAAGUGGAUGUGGAAGGCCAAGGGAGGCAGGGAAUUGUCUUGAUAAAACUGGCAGAAAUACACAGUUUCCAGAUUUAGGGGACUUGUGAACACGAGUUUGUCUCAACACACCAUAAUACAAUGGGAUUAAGGAAAUGGUGGAAUGUCUCUUUGGAUUGCCAUGACAUGGCUCCAGCCAUAAAAAUUUUUAGAUCCUGGACAAAUGACAAACAGGAAGUAAUAUUACCAGUCUGACUGAAAGUGGUUGAAACAAGGCCGAUUUAUAAAAGUUUACAUUUCUAAAAAAAAAUCAAAAAAAAAAAUCUUCAUUUUGUAAAGUAAAAAAAAAAAAUGAUGCACCCUUCAUGCACACAAGACUUCCGCAAGCUAAUGUGCUCUUAGAGGCCUUUCACUUUAAGUGAGUGCAUGCCACUUCUCCAGCAAAAGUUUGUUUUAAACUAUAGAUUUGCUAAAAAAAAAAAAAAUUAUGCUAUCAGAAUAUAGAGAUAAAAUGUGGUGCUGUUUUUAAACUUUUUACCACAAAGUGGUACACUGUAAAAAGUUUUUACCACCACCUUUUUGCCAGAACUGAGUGAGAGUUUGGCUAGUUAUGUAUGUAUAUAUGUGAGUGGGUGGAUAGUUCUAUGUCUGAGUUCUGUACACAGGAGAGGCAGAUAUGUCCUAGGAUUGGGAGCUAACCUGUAGCGCGCGUGUGUGUGUGUGUGUGUGUCUGUGUCUCUUUUCCAAUAAAUCACAAUAAUAAAUUCAGACAUCAUGGCUCACUGGCUCCUGGGUAUGUAAAAGCACUGCUUUUACCUAACUGCUGAACCACAGUAGUGCUCUUCUGGAUUUGUGCAUGUUGCCUUACAGAGUCCUUUGAUUAAGUUCCCAGAGAAGGUUAAAAUGCAGAUAGCUCCAUUAUAUGAACUUUUUUUUUUUUUUUUUCUUGAUGGGUAAAUGUUUCAGGUACUUUAAGUCCCGUUUGCUCCCUUCUCUCUGAGCAUAUCGACGUCACUUGUUGAUCUCGCGCCCCAGCUUUAAUUUCAUAGACCCUGCCAGAUGCUUUGCUGUUUCAAUUUCCUUCAUCUACAUUUGCAAAACCAUUUAACUGACACCAGAGGAAAAAACCCCACAAACCUUUACUCAUAAUAAUCUUUGUGCAAUAGUUCAAUUUUAGCUUGAUUGUUAAUUGGAGCUUUUCGGUGUUCCAAAAGACUCUUUGCUCAAGAUAACACGGUGUAUGGUAAGUUAAAGGGACACUAAAGGCACUCUGACAAAUUCAUCUUAAUGAAGUGAUCUAGGGGCAUAAGCCCAGUGAUUUUAACCCUGCAAUGUAAAACAUUGCUGUUUUCUAGAACAUAACUCUGGUGCCUUUUGUGUCCCUUUUAAGGGCUUCUCCAAGCACAAUGACCACUUCAGUGUAAUUGAACUUCCAGUGUCUCUGCUGGCUUUCAUCUGGCCUAAUGACCGCAGGUAAUGUAACACUAAUUUGCCAGGGCUCCAUUUCCACAGUCCAGUGGUGAGCAGAAAAAGUUAAAUAAACACCAUAGAGUCAGGAAUACAAAUAUGUAUUCCUGACCCUGUAGUGUUCAAAACACCAUUUAGCCGCCUCUUGCAUUCCUAAAUAUAGUAAAAUCUUAUCUAAUUUCCUGUCUACCUGCUUCCUUGGCUAACAUCAUUAGAAGUGAUGUUCUAAGCCAGUCGCAAUGCUUUCUCAUAGGAAAGCAUUGGAUUGGCUAAGAUUGUCAAGGAGGCAGGCCGGGGGUGGAAUCAAACACCCUGUCCAAUCAGCAUCUUCUCAUAAAGAUGCAUUAAAUCAAUGCAUCUCUAUGAGGAAAGUUCAUUGUCUCCAUGCAGAGCGUUUACACUGUGCAGCACAGCCCCAGGUGCCUCCAGUGGCCAUCUGAGGAGUAUGGAGGUGUCCUUUACUUACCAGAACAACUACAUUAAGCUGUAGCUGUUUUAGUGACUGUUGUGUCCCUUUUAAAAUGUAUUUGUAAUUGCAAUAAAAAUGCUCUGAGAUUAGCUGCCACACCUAUAACCAAGAAAAAUGCUUACAGGCUUUAUUUAUAAACUAAACUAGAAAUAUGAGAAGGCUUUGCGUUGAUUUAUUCAAUAUUCUAAAACCAGUUUAGGACAAGGGAAAAAUAUACCAGAAAUGAACCUUUAUUGCAGCUGCAUAACUUUCAAUAAUGUUACAUGUUGUCACACCGUAUAUAAUGCAAGUGUAAUCUCCUACUUUGGAAAUUAAAAGGUUGGAGCUCCAGGAAUAAUAUGUUGUCUGUAGUGUGAAGUCAGAUGCCUCCUGACAUGCAGAGUUGAUUGAGCUCAGGACAAGAUUGCACACGUAACAAUAGCCAUGUAUCUGCCAUUAUGAAAAGAGGAGGGGGAGGCGGACUCCUAAUAAGAAUUUAAAAAGAAAAUUGUUCUUUUUCUUCACUUCCUCAUAUGUCUGGCUGGACUGUCCCUUUAACAGCCGAUCCUUUUAGUGUGUAAUGCUUGUGCUUAGGUCCUUGAACUGAUCAGUCUGUUUGCAGAGGUCUUGUAUAAGAGCUCCUAAGUAUCUGACCUUCUGGUCGCUGUCCUAGGACAUUCCACAGGCAGCCAAACGUAAACAGCAAAGAGCACAGUGUCCUGAAUCAGCAUUUUUAUUUUUCAAGUGGCCAUUUUCCCCCAGUCACCGUGUCCAUUUAUAACUCCAUACUGCACAAUAUGGUGGUACUUUAUUCAAUGCUCUGCAGCUAGAGGAAGUCCAGGUGUUUUUCUACUACAAUUCAUGGUAAUAGAGAGAGUAAGAAGAAUUGGAGUUCACCAGCAGCUAGAGUGCCUUGUCCUUGUGUUUUCUUUAUCUGUACACAGUCUGUGUAACAGGACUGUAAGCAGUGAAGAUUAGUUAAGUAAUGUGCAGAUCCAGACUUCCUCACAAAUCCAUCAGAUUAUACUUUUUGCUGCUCUAUUGCCAUUAGGCAGCAAAGUGCUUUACCAUAGUGUAUUGUUAUUUAGCUUGGAUUUUGUUUUCAAAUAAACAUUCAUUGCCUGCUCCACCAGUUAUGUGACCUCAUUCUGCAAAGCCCCUGGACAAUGUAGAUGCCGAUCCAAAGUACUAUCAAUUAUUAAUAUCAGGCCUCAGAAGAAGGUGAUCAUCUUCUUGAAGCAACAGUGGUGUUUAUCAGAGGCACUUUUGCAGAACAGUCCUGAUUACUAACAAAUGUGAUCUGAAUUUUUUUUUUGUUUUUUAUGGUAUUUACUGAGAUCUCCUGACCUCAGUUGGAGAAGAAAUAACUGCAUUAAUAUUAGAUAUUUCCCUUAGACUAAACAUCCUUCUCUCAAUUGUCUCCUAUAUGAGAGGCUACAGCCACAGAAACUCUCCUCGGAGAUGGAGGUUCUCGAUGAUCAGAGAAAGAGUCAGAAAUGACGAGCUCAUUACUCACUUUCUAGCUAUUUAUUAAAUGUUUUUCCCAUUCUUGGUAGCAUCACUUGGAAUCCAUUUGUAAGCAUUGUAAAUGGGAAGGAAAUAUCCCUGAAUGCAUUUGACCAUUUGAAACUACAAGUCCCACAAUUCCUAGAAACUGGUAGCAGACCAAAAGUAGUUUGGGAGUUACAGUUCACCAAAGCCUGUAGAACUGCUAGCUCUCUCACCCCCUAUCAAUUUGGAUGUCUGAAUUGAGUGUCUCUCCUUAAGAGGGACACUCCAUUAUAUUUUUUUUAGAUUUAUGUGAUGAAUAUUCAAAAUAAAAGCUAUUUACAUACUACUGUCAUGUUCUCAAUCAGGUCAGAUAGGAGACAAUUGCCAGGUUUAACAGAAGUGACUUUAUUCGUAGCUUUUGACAUUAUAACAGUAUUUUUAGUAGAAUAAAUAAGAAAAAGGAAGAAAUCAACGUUAAGGCAAUAUGCCCUAUAAAGAAAACAACCAAGAGUGCAAAUAAUAAAGCUGGAGAAGUAUAGUGAAAAUAACAAGACGGGUAUUAGUAACUUUUUUAAAGAAUCAGGAAUGAAAGGAACACCUUAGACAUCAAAUUGCAGCAAUGUCCAGAUAGUGGGUUUUGCAGGUUUGUAUUUAUCAGUAGUUAGGAUAAUUCAGUAGCAAUCCAAGUAGGAAGGGUGCAGGAUUGAAUGAAUCAGGUUAAAUCAAUAGUAGAUAGAGUAGUUAUGGUGCAGGGUUGAAGCAAUUCAGGCAGGUACAGGAGAGUUGAUAGUAAUCCAAUUCAGGAAGAAGUAAUGUUUGUAGCAAUUCUAGUAGGAUGCAAUGCAGGUAAGUACAGUAUCUCUUACAGGAGCCAGAAUCUUCAGGUAGAGUACAAUACAGGUAAGUACAUGAUAGUUUAUAGUAAUCCCAAUUAGGAAGGAGUAAGGGUUGUAUCAAUUCAAGUAGGAUGCAAUGCAGGUAAGUACAGGCUAGUUGAUAAUCCAAAUUAGGAAGGAGAAAGGAUUGUAGCAAUUCAAGCAGCAUGCAAUGCAGGUAAGUACAGGAUCUCUCACAGGAGCCCUCACAGGAGCCAGGAUAUGAAGUUCUUGAUGUGAACACCAACUUCAAUGUAAUGGCCUCUUGCUUGGGUGUAGCCAUUUAUAGCAGGACUUAACAUAGGAUACAGGUGAGUAUGAUGUGACUAGUGGCUAGUGAGGCCACUAGAGGCGAAAACCAGAAACUGCAUUUAAAGGGACGUUAAUAAUCAGAAAAAAGUCUUACUUGUCAUCAUAAGAAUGUGACUACUAUAAAUGUAUGUCUUGCAGUUAUCCUCUAAUCUCUGAUAUACUUCAUGUGCCUUUUGGAAGAUGAGAGAUGUACAGGGCACAUAUAGUGCUGUCAUGAGGAUGAGAAUCAUUUGUAAAAGUGCAAAUGAAUCCCUUUUAUUUGGUUUGGAUCAUUUUACAUGGUUAUAUUUGUACAUUUUGCUCUCGUCACCGUAUUUCACAAAAAAGUAAUGUCACAGAGGCUGGAGUAGAUUCACACUUUUUACAUAUUUACUUGCAUUGAAAAAUAUUGGAUGCUUAUUUCAAGGUUGUCUGUUUUUUUGCCCCAGUUCCUAAUUUAUACUUUGUGCGAAUAUUACACUUUUUCAGCGUGUGACAUUUAAACUGUGGCAAAUAUUUACAUGCCCAUGUUAGGGAUCAGAAAGGUGCAUUGUAAUUUUGAUGCACAACGGUUUUAAUUUCCUUUGAUAUCUGGUGCAUCCCGUAUAGUUUCACAAGUGCAAUAGCUUGCUUGGUGUAACCUUUCACUGUCCGAUGAGCAGGGAAAUUUACACUGGAAGGAUUCUUCUUGUUUAAAAAUGCAUUUCGUGCCAAUGACAGACAUAACUCCUAAGUAAUGAAACGUAUAAGUUAUGGCUGUCAUUGGCACUGUGUUUUGUAAAGUAUGUUUCCAUAGAUGCCUUUUUGUAAUAGCAGGGUAUAGCAACGAAAUAUUUACAUUGUCAAUGAUACUGUGACUGGCAUGAGUCAAUAUGUACCCCCUCUUCAAAUCGCAUGAACACUAAACUGUUUUGUUUUUCUUCUAAUCUUAGGUCUCUCACUCUGUGGCUAAACUCAUAUUAGUGAACUUUCAUUGGCAAGUCUCCGAGAUAUUAGAAAGGUAAGUAGGUAUAUAUGUUUUAUGCAUUGAGUGUCAAAACCGUAAUCCUUUGUGUGCACAAUCAGAGCAAAGUACAGAAAGGCAUUCUGGGAAAUCUAAUCAACUGUACACAACAAUUGUACAGCUUCUUCUUGUCCACUUAUUUCUUAGUUGAAAGCCUAUAUCUUGCUAUAAUCAUAUGCAAGAAAAAUAAAUACCUGUACCGGAUUUCCAAGUUCAUUAUAUUAUGUAUAAAUGUCCCAAGAACCGAAACAGAUAAAUGCAUGGGGGUAAAGGGUGAUAUUUUUGCUUUUUUUUUUUUUACAUAAUCAAGGUCUUAAAUUAAUGUAUUGAUUAUUAAGAGCAAAUCACAGAUUCAGUUAUAUUUCUGUAUAGAGAUAUAAGGUACAUCUGGGGCAGAAUGUAGGAUUGUGCCAGUGUGAUUAUCAGGUCACUUUUAAUGCCCUCUUGACGUGUGGAAAAAUAUAAGUGCGAGCCGUGUCACAUAUCAGAUUUGGGUGCGUUCUUGGUUUCUUUGAACAUCUGAUACCUGUAAAUAUCUAUGCUAUGUAUACCUAAGUGAACUGUUUGUUGAAGCUCAGUUUUAAAAACUUCAUCUUGAAAUGUUCACGCGUGUUUCUCUGAAUUCCAUUGGAAAAAAUUACUAAAUAUGAGACUUGUUAUUUUAAAAAUGGAAAAAUUCAAUUUUUGAAAUAACAAGUCUCAUAUUUAGUAAUUGCAACAGUGCCAGUUAAAUAACCUGGAAUCUUGGUGCUCUGGAUAGGUGGUGGUUUUAGUGUUUAUCUGCCCUAAUGACUGGCAGGUAUUUCUAAAAAAAAAAAAUAGGUCAUGGGGUUAAUUCUUAGUUGUACACUGCAGCAAAUGCACACUUUAAUUGAAAUUCUACUUAAUUGCAGGCAUAAACAGAAUUCUGCACAGGUGCUAGUUGAGGCAAAAGUUCAGCCUUCACCUUCAAAACAUGUAAGUAUACUGUACAUAUAGCAUGUGCUCCCAGUAACUGCAUUCAUCACAGCAGGUUGAUUACAGUGUUUUCAGUGCUUUGCUUGUUUGAAUAGAGAAUACAGCAGUCACAAUCUAGCUUGGACAAAGAUUCUGGAGAUGUAUACCAACAUAACGCAGCUGCUUGUUGGAAAGUGCCGGAGAUGACCCAGCUACCAUGAUUUAUAUUGGUACCAAUUACUAAUUCAGAGCAAAAUGAAGGGUUCUAGUAUUUUCUGUAAAGCUUCAUUUGCCAAGAUCUAUAGUGGAAAGGCAGUGGGAUAUUAGGUAGAUCAAAGUGAAAAUGUUGGCGUAGGAUGAUAAAUAAUGUAGUUGGUAGUAAAAAAAAAUAUAUAUAUUAUUUAUUUAUUAACCUUAAAUGUACUUGAUGAGUUAGAAGCUUGAGUAACAAAAUGUUGGUAUACAAUGGUAUUACUAAAACUUAUUGGGAUAAAACAUGUGACUGGGCUUAUAAUUGGAAUGGAUUCACAUGACAUAGGAAGUAUAAAAGGGGGAACUUUGCUUAUGUGAAACAUGAAUAAAAGUACAUUUUCAGGGGAAUCAUAUGUGACGAUGCAGGUGGAAUGUAUAAGCCUUUUUGGUAGAAAUGUACAUGGGAGAAAACAGGGGGCCAUCUAUUGUAGCAAUAUGAUACAAAUCCUAAAUAUUAGUAUUGAUGAAGAAGAGCCAUUGUUAUUAAUAGUGCUGCACAUCUGGGUAAGUCUUUAAUAAAUGGAAAUUUUAUUUAUCCAGAUAUUAACAUGAACAAAUGAAGGCACUGCUUGUUCAGCUUGAGGAGUCAGGUUUUUGAACCUAUUUAAGAUACUUUCACAUCCUAAUAAGUAGAAGCACCAUUUAGAAUAGAUGCGUGUCUGUAUCUUGUAAUAAUUAUGGCAUUACAUUAAUAAAUGCACCUAUUCAAGUAAGGGUGCACGUGGGAAAUAGUGACCACAAUAUGGUGUCAUUUUAGAUUUAAAAAAAAAACCAUUCAUGUGGGCUUUGCAACAAGUGUCCAGGUUAUGUUCCUACCUUCACGGGUUCAGCCAAUUUAACACCGAAGUUGGGGUUUCAGCCUCCUGACUACAGUUUUCCUCUUUACUGCAAUAUAUGGAAUGUGUAACCAGACAGCCCGUGAUAGGCUGAGAAUGUCAGCUGACACUCUUACUCUGUCUACCAAUGAGCUCCCACCGAUAACAAAUGAAAAAUUUGAAUGAAAGGUUUUGCAAGGGCCUAAUGGGAAGUAAUACAUAGACCAAAGUAAUUACAGCUGAAUCCCUUGGUUCUUUACUUGCUUUGCAUUCUAACAAAAAUAUAUAUAAUUUUUUUGACAGUUCAGUUCAUUACGUUUUGUUUUUGUUUUCUCCAGGCUACAGCACAUUCCUCCCAUCACUGUGCUGUUUGCAUGCAGUUUGUGCGUAAAGAGAACCUGCUGUCUCUGGCCUGUCAGCAUCCUUUCUGCCGCAGCUGUUGGGAACAACAUUGCACCGUUUUAGUAAAAGAUGGGGUCGGUGUCGGUAAGUACUUCAGGAGAGGGCAGACAGCCUUGUAACUGUGUCAAAGAGAAUUCCUUUCCAAUUUCAUGGAAGUGAUUGCAUCCCACAUCGACACUGCUAUGCAAGGACUACAUUUCCUUUAAAGGCAGGCUGAGCAUUUUGGGCAGUGCUUUCCAAUAUCUACAUCACUGGUUUAAUAAUAAUCCAGGCCUUUGAGCUUACCAUUUUUAAAGAAGCUUAUGAAAUGUGCAUCCUCUCAGGAACGGCUUAAAAAUUCUACCUGGCAGUAUAUGAAAUUACUAUGCUUCCAAUGCUAAUCUAUCUAUUAUCAGUGGCCCGAUAAAAUGUUGGCUAUGAUUGAUUUUACUUAUUUAUAUUUGUGCAUCCUGACUAAAUGGAUUUGGCAUGAUACCCCAAGACCACUAGGAAGUCCAAAGUCAGUCAAUGACUUUAGAUGUACUAAGGACCAGGACCUGUGAUUUUGUAUAUCUUGUUGCUAUUACAUGCUGCUUCCUAUUGAUACAAAUAUAAACCAUAAAUAAUUUCUCUCAGAUGUACAUUGGACUCUGGAGGAAUCUGGGUCUGCCAGAGCUUUUACCAGAGUGCCUGUCUACCAUUGUCAGGAUUAACAUGCUCCUAAUGCCCAUCUCUGUGUAUCUCUUCCCCAGGGAUUUCCUGCAUGGCCCAGGAAUGCUUGCUUCGGGCGCCAGAGGAUUUUGUGUUUCCACUGCUAGCAAACGAGGAGCUAAAAGAGAAAUACAAACGUUAUCUCUUCAGGGAUUAUGUAGAGGUAUUGUCAUGUCUGGUCUCAGUCAAUUAAAGAAGGUUCAUGGAUAGGCAUUUGUCAGGCCUGAGAAAGGAAUGUUCCCACUGCAGAGGCUGAAUGCAGAGCUUUGUGGGUGCUCUAGAUCCUGAAAUCUUACAAGGGACAAGGGUUAAAGUGUCACUUCAAGCAUCUGGAUACCUUCCAGUCAUAUUAAAGCUUAAAGUAAAAAAUAACAAGGAAACUCAUCUGAAAAUAGUUGUCUGUAUGUGUGUCAUCAUUUCAGCUUGUAAAAUCUGCAGAUGGAUGACAUUUUAUUCUGUUUAAAGUUGCUGUGUGUAGUUUAUCAUAUCAAAAAGCUGACCUUUUCAGUCUAGUGCUUGGUGGCACGGUCAAAAUAUCUGCUGAAAAAAGCGAAUAUGAUACAAACUACUGAGAGUAGGACAGAAACCAUGGUCUCUAACUGAUAACUCAGAAACCAGACUCAAGCGCUGCAUAGAUGCAGAUGCUUGCAUUCAAAUCAUUGAACUCAUUUGUUGCUGUACUGUAUAUGCACAAAUGUUUUACACACUGAUCCCUAUGAAUAUUCAAUGCACCACUACCUACCAUGUGCAGUACGUUUCCCCCUGCUUCAGUGGGAGCAAAAUGAUAGUCUGCAGUUCCCCCCUCCCUGACCCCCCCCCCAUGGAAAAUACAAACGCUCUAGUGCAAAUGUAUUUAAAUGGAUUUCCAACUCCUAUGUAAAUGAGCAACUGCGUGCAAAAGUAGACAACAAGCAACGUUGCAAUCCUUGCCAACAGAUGCAACAGUGAUGAUUUAAUAGUAUUGUUCUCGUGUUUGAUUUCUUUUUUUCCACCCUCAAAUAUCCCUUUUCACUUCAUAUACAUUUUCAUGUUAGGCGAAUAUUGCGGCCCUUUAUAGUCUCCACCCCCUAUAAAUAUUAUUUUAUUUUUAAAUAUAUUUAUAUCUUUUGAAUGUAACCAGGUAGGUAUUUCAGGUUUCAUGUUGUGUUCAUGUAUUUAAAGAGCAAUGGUCACUUAAUGCCAGUUUCUUAUUCCUUCAUAGCAAUUACUGUUAUUGAAACAUUAACUUAACGUUCCACAGCACUUCCUGGUUCACCCAAUGUCUUCAAUGCUCCGGCAUCUGGUUAGAAAGUUCCAUACAAGUGCGUGUUCUCUUGUGCACAGCACCGUAGGGGGUCAAACUCAUUGGCUUCUUCCAGGACAACCUGGCAAAUGAGGAAUUUUAAAACAAAACUAAAAGAAACUCUGAUUGGAUUAUGCAAAAAAAACCACAUGUGACACCUUAUAACAAGCAGAAAGUUUCUGUAUACCAUUAGUUCACACUUCAACACAACCUAUUUUAAUCAGCUUUUUUUCUUCUCUAUAAGUUAUUUUAUCUCAAGCCCUGUAGGUAUUAUUUAUUCUAUUAAGCUGUGCCUUCAACUGGUGAUACUAACAUUUUGUUUCUCGCCUUUAAUUUUUCUUAUUUUCUCAGAGUCAUUAUCAGCUACAGCUUUGUCCAGGUGCAGAUUGCCCAAUGGUCAUACAGGUUCAGGAGCCAAAGGCUCGGCGUGUGCAAUGCAACCGAUGCAGUGAAGUCUUCUGGUAAGACAUUAUAGACCACAACACAUGAACAUUUCAUCAAAUCACAAAAAUACUUCAUCAAGAAACUUAACUUUGUAAAAUCUUCCAACUGUUAAUCUAUGUUCUUUCUUUUUAGCAUGCUGUACAUAUAUGGUCCAUAAAUUAGUGCAGACAAUCAUACCAUGCUUAGUGAAGGUCAUAUGUCAUUUAGCUUGACAUUGUCAGAUCAAACUGCUAGAUAACCUAGCUCUUCUGUAUGAUAACUAGAUACUGAAGUAGGAGAAAGGUGGCCUGUUCCCCUCUCCAGUUUAAAAGCUAAAGUUGCGGAUGCUCUACACAAUCUCUGUUAGUAUUGUGCAGAUCAUGCUUAAUGAAGAACAAUCUGCACAGUUUAGCUGUGGUCAUUGGGAGUAAUUUUAUUCUGAUGAUACUGUAUUUUUGUAGGUUCAUGACUUUGCUGAUUCCAGUUGCUGGAACAUUUCCCAGGCUCACUACCCUCCAGACGUGUUUUUGGUGUGUUCGUGCCAAGCUCUUGUCAGACACUUGGCUCUUAACAUGUUUGGGCUGUAGACGGAACAUAAAACACUUUCGGUUUUCUGAUUUGCAGAUGUAAACCUUAAGGGCCAUGUAUGUAGUUUAUUCUUAAUAUGUCUGCAUGAAAGCUAUAAUAUUAUGCCUGCUAUUUUUCUUUUCUUCUAAUCUAGAAUAUAAAGUGCAGGGGGAUAACACAAAACCACUUAUCAAAUCUUUACUAAUAUAGCUCAUGUGGGCAUCAGAUUCUAGAACAGGAAUGAUAAAGGUUAAAGUUGCCCUAUUUUUAGAAAUGUUAGUUCCAUUAAGAUUUAGAAUCCUCUAUCUUUUGAAGUCUUUAAAAAUAGCUCAGCAAGUUUUGAAUAAGGUGUGUACACCCGGACUGGACUGCCACAUGGUACUGGAAUCAUCAAACCGUUCAAACAACCAUUUCCUCUUUCACUCACAGUGAAAUACCUGGCUUAAACAGCUCAUUGCUUGCUUUUUAUCAGUGUCAGUCAAUGUGUUCUAAAAAGGUUAAUGCAUUUCCAGUAUGGCUAUCUCCAUGUUUUUAAAUACUGUUGAAGCUUGAAGUGCUUAUUUGUUGGUUUGUUUGUUUCUCAUUUACUUUAGAACUUGUUGGGAAUUUGAAGGUGGGGGGGACCUGCAAAAUAUACUACAGUUUCUGAAAAAUGUAGCAUAGUCCCUCUGUUUUAAAGGGGUUAACACUGCAGACCUUUAAGAUGCCAGUUCUAUUUCUGCGCUUGAAGCUUGCUGAACAUGUUUUCUACAUAUUGCCUAUUAAAACACUUGGGAUCUAUCACUCUGGCAAAUGUGCUGUUUCUAGAAAUCUAGGUUUUUGGCAGCAGAUGAAAUCAACUGCCCAUCACAAAAAUCGCAGGCUCAGUUGGAUCUAAAACAGAUUGUUUUGGAUCUUUUUUUUCUUCUUUUCUUUUUUUCAGGCAAGCAAUAUAUAGGAUAGUGCUUUGUGAAUUUACAUACACACCUAUUACUUUAAUGCAUAGCUGGUUAAAGGGACACACUGGACACCAAAUUACUUGUAGUAAUAAUAAUAAGGGUGGCACAGUAAUCUAAAUAACAAAAGAAACACAUCUAAUUAAAUAUCAAAUGUGUUUUCCUUUAACCACACUCACAAUUGUGCCACAUCAACCACUCUCACACACCAAUUAAGUCAUGUUGUAUCUUUCACACACAUAAUGAGCCACCACGUGUGCAAACACAGAGAGGGUAAUCCAGUCACUCAUACACAGACAAGCUCCCUUGGCCAGUCGUUUAAUUAUCUCUUAAAUAAACUCACACUUUCCUCUAGUGCAGGCCUCGACAAAUCCCAGAUCACCAUGGCGGCCUGGAAAUUUGUCCUGGUGUCUGGGAUUUGGGAGCCUGUUCAGCCCCCAAGGUGACCCGCUGUCUGAGAGCAGAGGUGGGCAGUCAGCUUACGGAGGUCUGCAGAAGGCAGGCGGCUGACAGAGUGAUGGGCCGUCCAGCUCAUGGAGAGCUGAGGGAGCUGUCUGGGGGGGGAAGGGGAGGAUGCACGUGUGCGCGGUCGGUCAGUGAGUGUGUGUGUGUAUGUUGACAUCAUUCUUCCUCCUGGCACUGGAUGUAAUAAAGACAGUGUUCCUGGCUCAUUCUUACUUUUAAUGAUUCCGGCGGCCUACUUCCUUGCAGAUGGAAAACUGAAUAUGGGAUGUCUUUUGAUCUCUUCUGACUGACAAGAAGAGAGACUCUUAGCUUCAGUUCCGAGUUUUUGAGUGGUUUUAUUAUAUAUCAAUACAUUUGGAAGUCAUUUUGCCUUUAAAAUGUGCCUAGAUUAAAAAGGGAUUCUCUAAUGCCAGGAAAACAAACCCGUUUUCCUGGCACUGUAGAAUCCUGUGGUGUCCCCCAUCCCAUGUCGCUGAAGGGGUUAAAACUCCUUCAGUCACUUACCUGAAUCCAGCGCCGAUGUGCCUUGGUGCUGGGUCAGGCUCCUCCCCCGUUGUCAGCCGACAGGGGAGACCUGAUGCGCAUGCAAUACUUUCCUAUGGGGAUUCCGGUGGCUCUGGAAGUCCUUAUGCAUAGCGUAAAAUGAGCUGAAGUGGUCUGGGUGCAUACAGUGUCCCUUUAAUCAAAAUGGAGUAGGAAAAAUAUGUAUGUCAAAAGACUAAGACUAAGUAUGCCAAAUAAAUAAAACUGGAAUAACAUUUAAUCUAUGCAUUUGUUAGGACAAUUUGUAGAUUGCAUUUGAUUUACUACAUAUUUAACACAAAAGGUAUAUAUACUGUAAGCUUUGAACAUGUUAUUGCAUGUUAAACAGACUCUUUUUUUUUUCAUUACUCUUUUGGCAAAGCAAUGCUCUUUCAUUUUUACAUCCUUUGACGAAAGCAAAACAAUGCUCUUACAUUUUUACUCCCUACAUUGGAAUCCUCAUUGGAACCAGCAGAAUUAAUACGCACUACAUUUGAACAAAGAUUAUUUUUUAUUUUAUUUUUUUUUUACUCUUUGAAAAUAAAUUCAAUUGUAGUUCCCACAAAAACUACAUGUUUAACUUACAUUGCUAAUUGUGCCAAUCUAUUACCAUGAAAAACUGCUAAUAUUGAAGCAGUGUUUGUUCUGUUUAUGUGCCAUAAAAUCCGUGUAUUGAUAGAUCACUGAAAGUCAGGAUUCCGGAACAAACGGAAAUGAAUGGACUUUGCUGCAGAGUUCUCCCUUUGUGUUAAUUCAAUUCCCUAAAUUUCCUCCUUGAUGUUUUUUUUUUUUUUUUUUUGGUAUCCUCCUUGUAGCUUCCGGUGCCGUCAGAUGUAUCAUGCUCCCACAGACUGUGCCACCAUCCGGAAGUGGCUGACAAAGUGUGCAGAUGACUCAGAAACUGCAAACUACAUCAGUGCUCACACUAAAGAUGUAAGGAUGGGCAGAGGGUAUAAUACUUUACCCAUGUACACGAAAGAGAGCAAACAGUGGAUUAAGGUUUUUUUAGAUAUAAUUUUUUAAUAAAUUAGAUUUAACUAGGCAUAGUCUGUUUAUGCACACAUUUUCUUUUACAUGGAUAACACAGCAGCUCACACUGGAGAGUGGAAAAUUAACCAUCUACAAAACAUACAAUAUAUUUUACACUGAAUGACAGUUACAGCUAUGCAUUAUAGAAUAUAUUAAUAUAGGCUACAACAUAAUGUAAAAUAUAUAUUUUUCCUUUAGCGAUCCCACUUUAACUAAUUGAAUAAUCCUGUUCCACAAGUGCAUCUGCACAUCAGCCCGGUAAAAUUUGGAAUAGCUGGAGUGUACCAUAGCUUAUCAUAAUCCUUUCCUCUCCAGUUUGCUUCAUAUUAGAGAGUUUCUAAAAUGUGUUAAAUGGGAUGCAUUUCUUACUUGCAUGUGCAUUAUUGUAUUAAUAAAAUUGCAGUUAUGGAAGAGUAAGAGAAAGGCCUCCCCUGUAAAUGCAAUAAGAUCAUUAAAACAUUGUUAAGCCAUAUACACAUCAGAUAAGUCAGCAGACUUGUUUUCCCAUGGAUUACGGGUAUGAAUGUGUAAAAAAAAAGACCUGGAUUGAUAUCUACUCCAUAUGUACACUUACCAAGGUGGUUUUAUUGAAUUCUCUGCCCUCUGUCUUGGUCAUUUUUCAAAAGCUGUUUGCAGGAUUUGUACGUUUUACAGACACACAAUACAAACACAGGCUAGAAGUUAAGCAUAUUUAUUUAUUUGCUACAGUAUAAUUAGGAGGCCACAUGGUGUGAUGUUCUAAAGUUGUGCAAAGAUGUACAAGGGAGGCAGUCACCUGUGAAAUGUGACUUCUGUGGUGAUUGCCCAACUUUUACGACUUUACUUCAUCUUUUAGAACACCACAAAAGGCACAAUGAAGUGGUUUGGGUACCAGGUCCCCCUAGUUUUUACCCUGCAGCUAAAAACAUAGCAGUUUCAGAGAAAUUGCUAUGUUUACACUGCAGGGUUAAUCCAGCCUCUAGCGGCUGUCUCCCUGACAGCCACUAGAGGUACUUCCGCGAUUUACACGGUGUAAAUCACACUUAUUUGACGCUGGACGUCCUCACAGAGUCCAGCGUCAAAUAAGAUCCUCUUAGUAAAGCAUUGAGUAGUGCUAUGGGCAGGUUUGAAUGAGCGCGCGCGCCUAUGGCCACGCAUGCACAUUCGGCUCCACUCGGGAGCUGACCUCGGUGGGGGAGGAGAGGUCACCAGCGCCGAGAGAGCCCGGCGCUGUAUUAAGGUAAGUGCCUGAAGGGGUUUUAACCCCUUCAGCGCCGAGGGAGGGGGGCACUCCAGGAGCCUAUAGUGUCAGGAAAACAGGUGUGUUUUCCUGGCACUAUAGGAAAACUGUGUGUUUUCCUGGCACUAUAGGAUCCCUUUAUCACGUUUCCCAAUGAAGCUCUGGUGAUUGCAUUGUGUAUGAGAGAGAAUGCAUCCCUCAUACAAAGGAUCCAGCAGUCGGAUUAACGUUGAGCUGUUUUAAUUAUGAUUAGCAUGUAACUUGUCGUUUUGUUUUCCUCAGUGUCCCAAGUGCAAUAUUUGUAUUGAAAAAAACGGAGGAUGCAAUCACAUGGUGAGUAAUGUGAAAUCUUUUAAAUCCAUCCGUCUCCAGCUCAGCUGAUCUUGUAGAUAAAACAAUUGGCUAAAAUCCAUAGUGAACAAGUCUUAUUACAGAGUUAUUUAGGAAACUUACAUUUUUGUGACUAUAGCUGUGAUAGAGAAAUUUAGAAAAUCAUGGCCUGAACAAAUGAUAUAUCACGCCUAAUACCUACCGACAACACUCUUAGGUUGUAUCUAACAAAGUACGAACAGCGCCACAUAACAGAGCCGGCUACAUGUGCGCAUGGGUUGACCUCCCGAGUCCCGCACUACCCAUAUUUCAGGGCCUGACGCCUCGCUGGGUGGUUUCCUUGUCUCCCCUCUUACCAGGGAUGGAAGGGCAUCUCAACGCUCUAUUACCAGAGAUGGUAAAAAGUAGAACUACAACCCAAUAGUAUAAUCGUACCAAGCCGGUAUAUAACCAAGAUAUCCUGCCCAGACAGCCACUGCAUAUACCCUGACCCACUCACACGUUGGAGAACGAUGUCUAGGCACUGAGUAACUUUUGUUAUGAUGUUUACAGCACUAUACCUAAUAGUAUACCUGUCACAAGCAUGUUUGUACCUACGAAGGCCCGUCUAAGCAUCUAUUGCAUACACCCUGACCCAAUCUUUCGUUAUAUGGCGAUGUUCAUGCAAUGAAUAACUUUUUGUUAAAAUUUUAAUGUUACAACUUUAAAAAAAAAAAAAAAAAAACAUGCCCCCCGUACCGGUUGUUGGACAUAAGCCUUUGUAACUUCAGAUCUAGAAAUUGCACUUUACCCAUGCUGUAUCGCUGCACGUCAAAAAUAAAGAAUUUUUAAAAAAAGAGCAAAUCAGCUAUUUUUGCCGGUUUUCUUUUUUUUUUUUUUAUUCAGAUGUAAUUUGCAAAAAUUCUGAAUUUAGUGAAUAACCCUGUUUUUAGUGCAGCCUCCUAGGCAUGGCCACAUUCCUGGAGGACUAUUAGAGCCCUGUGGUUUGUGCCAAACAAGAGAUGUUUAGUUGUGUCUUUUUAAGGGUAAGUGCUGCUCCUGACUGAAUUCUACCCCUUGUCUACCAAAGUCUACGUAUAACAUAAGCCUGUAAAGGAGAGCAUUUAAGGAUAUGUACAGCCAUAUUUUAAAGAGUGUGUAUUGAAGGUGCUUGUGUAUUUUGUAUCUAUGGCAAAUUUAUUUGUUUGGCAUACUGCAACAAUUUAAAAAAAAAAAAAGUGAAAUUCUGCAUAGUCAUCUACCUGGAUUUUUACACUUCUGGUGUUUUUUAUUUUGGUUUUGUUUUUCAAUAUUUAUGUACACAAAUAUGUAAAGAUUCAUAAAUCCAGAUUCAACCCUUUUGAAGAAGACUGCGUUAACAUUUUUUUUUUUCUAAAUUAUUUUUUUUUUUAUUCAGGAUACAAAAUGCAUAUUCAAAGUAGCCAUCACAACACAGAGAAGGCUAUCCACUUGUUACAUAAAUAUACUUGAGACGAUUGUAAAAGGAUGUGUUUGAGACACACUACAUCAAUAUAUUUGCACAACUUAUAAUAUCAAUCUGUCACAGUACUAUAGUUAAAAAUCUUUAAAAUAAACUAUAUAAAGAUUAACGUAUCCAGGUAACAAUCCCUCAAGGUUUGUUGACAAACGUUAUGUAGUGGGUGUAUUAACUCACCAGCCUUGCAAAUUGCAUAUGUAAAUUCAGAAACAAGUAGAAUGUUUUGUACAGAAUAUUGGUUUCAAGUGAUAUAUUUUAAACUAUUUAUUAUGAAAAUUACUGUCUGGUUUAAAUCAAUUGUUUUGGAAAGAAUAUUCUUUAAUUUAUAUGAAUUCCUUGUAAUUAUUUUGCAGCCUUUGGAUAGCCUUUUUUGCUAACCUUUUCUAAACCUUAAUUGUCAAAUGGAACUGGUGUAGGUUCAAGGUGUCUAAAAGCCCAACAAGUGCUUAAGAAGAGAUACAGUUUUGCUUUAAGGACAUUAUACACAACAUUCACAAACUCCCUGUUUAGGUCCUGUUAGUGAAAUGUAAUGAUAUAUUUGAAGUGGAAAUUAAGAUACUAAAACUUGUGCAUACAGGAAUUUUCUGUUUUCAUAGUUAUGAUGCAAUUAAAUCUUUUAUUCUUUUUCUCUUUGCAGCAAUGCUCAAAAUGCAAGCAUGGUAAGUAAAUUUGCUCACUCCACUAGUGCAUAGGUCUUAUGCUUGUUUCUGCCCCUUAAGCUGCCUUGACUAAUUCUCUGGGGUUUUAAACAAAUAUGCAAAAGUGAACCGGCACACACCGCACAGUCUGUUCUAUACAAAAUGUGCACUAAUCCCUCAAUUUCUAUCACAAAAACCAGCCACUUAUUUUUUUUCUUUAAUCCUCACGAGUAGCAACAUUUCAUCACUAUAUUGCAGGUCUUGUCCGGACACAAUAAAGGUUCAAUUACGUAAAUAAAACGAUUGUGGUUUUUUUGCAUUUUACUAUCAAACUGAAGUAUAAGCAGUAUUAUAAUUAUUCCUUGCAUUAACUGUUGAUACUGCUGCUAAACUAAUGUGCAACUGACCUUCUGCUUUAGCCCAACAAUUAAUCCGCAAUCAUUGACUGAGAGUGUUGUAACCAGGUUAUCCCAGGACUUCUCAGCUUUUUAACGCUGCUCAAAAUUGUGUGUGCUAACACAGACGUUCACUCUUACAUUAGCUGAAUGGCAGCGUAAGGGUUGGGCUGUUGAUCCCUGGCGAGCCCUAUAUAAUCAUAAUCCUGAUUAAGGCCUACUGCACAUAAUAUUUGUUUCCAGUGUCCCAGUUACCUAUCCUGUUGAAAAUAUGGAUUACUUCAUAAGCAUUUUAUAUAGAGCUAACAUGUUUUUUUUUUUGUUUUGUUUUUUUAAAUCUUUUUUUAUUGGUAAUUUUGUGUAAUAGUCAGCAGUUAAUAACAAUUACAAAUAUUUGUAACAUUGUGGGCACGCAGGUCCAAAAGGCACAUAAUCUAACGUUGUCAUUUACAUAGGAAGUUUUAAUGGUCAUUCUAACGGUGUAUAACCAGGUCUGCUGAGCCUAAAUACAUCGCACAAAUGCACAGUUACGAUCGGCACAUUACUUAAUACAAAACUAUCCUUCUCCACCUGACUUCAUUGUGUAUAACUAUAGGGCCAUGAUAGGCGUGGAUGAGGUGAUUACAGUGCUUGCUUUCUAUGAUCGUCCUGACUGUUCUCUGUUACAAAGCAGGCCCCUCAUUGUAGUGCAUGUUUGUCCUGUCCAUAUAUACGUGUGUAUAUGUUAAAAUUGCAUGUGAAAAUCAGAAAAGAUCUAGUAGUAAGAGAAGAAGAGUUGCCCCUGGUCCUGAGUGUAGGUUAGGUAGAAUCGGGUAAAGCAGGUAGGAAUGGUCAUGCUCCAUUGAGCCGCCCCCCUCUAUCUGCCCCGAGACACAAACGCGAACCAUGGUUACCACAUCUCUGCGUGCCUGUCCCCUCUCCCAAGUAGUGAUGCUUGAAUCGCCUCCACUCCCUGAAUGUCCUCCACCUUGCGAUUCCAUUCCUCCAUUCGGGGCGUCUCCAUCCUUUUCCGGUAUAGUGGGAUCAAGGUUUUGGCUGCAUUAAGUAAAUGACGUAAGAUUUAAUUUUUUAUUUAUUUCUUUUGUAUGUGGCAAUCGACAUCGUUGAAAUAUGUAGAAGGGGCAAUGCUGCCGUCCAUUCUGUUGUUUCUCCCAUAAUUUCGGUUAUUUUCUCCCUGAUCAUCUCCCAAUAAGGGACUAUAAGGCGGCAUUCCCACCAUAUAUGUAUUGUCGUACCCCUCUCUUCUAGGCAUCUCUAGCAUGUCGGUGGCGUUGUUGGGAAGAUCCUGUGGAGCAGUGUCGGGGUCCUGUACCAUAGCGCGAUUAGUUUGUAAUUCGUUUCUUGAUAAUGUGUGCUAAUGGAGCUUUUGUGUUGCCAGAGUAGUGCACCCUCCCAUUGUUGGGGGGUGAAUGUGGUAUCCAUCAGCGCCUCCCACUGCCUGCAGAAAGUAUCAUUCUCUGCCAGGUUACCCACUAAAAGAUGUUGGUAGAGGGUGGAUCUAGUUUUUUCCAAUGAUGAUCCUCUCUCGCAUCUCGUCUCGAACCAAGUGAGGUCCCUGUGGAGUCGUUCUUUAUUGCGCACGGUGUCGUAAUAGUGCUUUACCUGCAUGUAGCGUAGUGUUAUCAGGGGAGUCCGAAGUGUCUCUCCCAGCAAGGAAUCAAGAGACCGUAUGGUGCGAUCUCGCAGAACCGUAGAGAUGGGUAUAUGUUCGCGACCCUCCGCAAAGGGCCAUGCUUUCGACGGGAAUGCCCCUCCUAUUGCUGGAUUGUGGGUAAUGGGGAGCAGCGGACUGGGUAUAGGUGAAAUAUGGGGUUGGUCCCUCAUAAGUGUCCAGCUAACAAGUGUCUGGGCUAUAAUCCCGGCCGACUCUCCUCUCUCACCGGCUUUAGGACCCCCUGUCCAUAUGUUGGACUUUAGAUGAGCUUCUUGUCUGUCUCUGGUUAGAGCUACCCAUUGUUUCCCGUGUGUAUUUGCAUGCCACUCCAGAAUACGCUGAAGAACUGUAGCUUAGUGAUACCGUCUAAAGUCCGGCAGUGCCAGUCCACCCCGGUGUCUCGGUAGGCAGAGCAGAUCGUGUCGAAGCCUCUGUCACUCCCCUUUUCAAACAUAGCGUAUAGUAGCCGAUCUCAGUGUAGAGAAAAAGUGUGCGGGGAUGGCCAGUGGGAGUGCUAACAUAUGUUUUGUCUGUGGUUCCCUUUUUAUUUGUUAGAAAUUAUAUAUUCCCCAAAAAGUAUUUUUUAAGGGAGUGUUUGAACAAAUAAUUUCUUUAAACACCAGAGGGCAUCUGCCCUCAUAAAAAUCACAGAUUUAAAAGGUCCGUAUUCCCUUUUUAACCUAAGGUAACUUUAAUUUUAGGUAUCCAUACCUUUUUCUUAUUUAACUUUUGUGCUGCUAUAGUUAUGCAAAGGGAAACAUUUAAUCAUAAAAUGUAAGUGUAUGUAAUAUCAUAUGAACAUAUAUUUAUAAAGGAGGAAUAGGAUAUCUUUCUCAAACUUUGCUUUCAUGGAGAAACCACUUCAGGACCACAAUGAUUGGAUAAACUGUAGACUAGCCAGACCAUAACAUAAACUUUUAGAUCAUAUUUUAUAAUACCAGGCAAAAACAAUAUAAGCAUGUCCUAGCAAAAAGGUUCCUGACCUUUCUUUUUGUGAACUCUGUACUCUCUUCUCAGACUACUUGUUUGUUCACAGAUUUCUGCUGGAUGUGCCUCGGCGACUGGAAGACUCACGGCAGCGAGUAUUACGAGUGCAGCAGAUACAAAGAGAAUCCAGACAUUGUAAAUCAGAGUCAGCAGGCACAAGCAAGAGAGGCUCUUAAAAAAUACUUGUUCUACUUUGAGAGGGUGAGACAGCUCCUAAAAAAUACACAGCAGUAGGCUACAGCUGCUAAUCGUACCGCUCUUUUGGUCAGUCGGCUCAAAUAGUUCUUGGGGGCAACUCCCAUCAUAACAAACCAUCCCUAAUAUUCUUUACAAUAUACGCAAAUAGUGCACAAAAAAUAGUUUAGAAUAAAAAAGGGUGAUUUAGCACUGAGGGUUCAUAGCCCUCUAGCUUAAGGAAUUUGCAGUCUGAAUCUAUAUUGCAGGCUUCUGGUUCCUUUAAUUUUUUGCUUUCUUUAUUUAUUAAUCCAUAUAUUAGGAGACAAAGCACACCGAGAUAAGCCCUUUAUGCAUCAGCCCAAUUAUACAAACAAAAACAUUACCUAUGCAGUCUCCUAUGUCCCUCUGCACUUUAAAUAACAGGAGGUUUUAGUACCAUUGGCCAUUAAAGUGUAAGCUCACCUGCCAUGUCAAGACAACUUGGGUGUGUCCUACACUAACAAUUAACCUUGCCACUUUUAGCUAAAAGGCAAAAUUUCUGAGACUGAAGGAUGUAUUGUUAUAAAUCCCUUAGCACUAAUGAACCCUUAAUAUGGCACACAUGGUGUGGUCAACGGUAAUGUAAUGUGGCUGCGUAAUACAAAAGCAAAUAAAAACUCUGUGGUGGCAAAAACCUGCUCUUGGGUGGCCUGGAGUAUUCAUCAGUUCACAUGUAAAUAAACGUUGCCUUUGCACUAACCUAAAUCCCUAUACAAAUAAAUAAUACAUUAUCAAGUGUCCAUGUAUUUCUACUUUGAUUCUCGCUUUGUUACAUGUAACUAGCCAUUAGUCAAUCCCACACAUUCCUAUGCUCUUGUUAUUUAGUUCUAGCCUAUAGACUAAGCCAUGAAUUCCUCUAUUUCUGCAUGUUGUAGAUGUGCACAUGAAGUCUUAUUGUGCUCAGGCUCCAAAGAAUCUAGUCCCACGUACUCCUGUAGCUUGUUACUUUGUGAAUCUAGUAUAGUAAAGUAUUUCUGUACUCCAUAUUCUCUCCAAACCUAGUCCAGUGCCUACACCAAGUAUAUUUGUGUUGGCAUUUCUCUGUUACAUCUACGAAGUGUCUGUCCCAUCCCAUCUUUAGAGCACUGCAGGGCCAUGCCUUUCCUGUGAAUGUUUGAGUUUCCCCGAUACGCUUGAGUUGUGAUCUGAGCAUUUGUACCACCUUUUUCUCUUUUCUAGUGGGAAAACCAUAAUAAAAGUCUGCAGCUUGAGGCCCAGACUUAUCAGCAGAUUCAGGAGAAGAUCCAGGAGAGAGUAAUGAACAACCUUGGCACAUGGAUAGAUUGGCAGUACCUGCAGAAUGCUGCUAAGCUGCUUGCAAAGGUAAGUGAAUAGUCAAAACUGGGCUUUUCAGGUGACACACUGAACCCAUAAAAUGUGAUCAAUUCUGUUAACUACACAAAAGAUAAGUAGGCAUUGCUACUAUUUUACCUUUCCACAUGUAUAACUAUGGUACUUAUUCCUUUUAUUACUUACCUAAUUGCUUGCCAAAAGUUUAGUUAGUGCUUAGAGUAUGCCAUGAGGGGUUAAGGAACAGUGUUAAGGUUGGCUGGCGAUCCUCAUACGUUUAGUGGUAGCUCUUACACCCCAUUGCACAGUGCCACUGACAAUUUGAAAUUGAAGUGAACCAAACUUCUGACCAAAGAGCAGUCAUGGUUUACGUUAUUUCAUGUUUCAUGAACUUCCUUCCCCAUGAUUUUUUUGGGAGUCUGAAGAUGUUUAGCCGCAACAUUUCCCAUGAUGUUCAACCAGCCUAAAGACUGGAAAAUGUUUCUCACAAUCCUCUGUAGUUUAUGGUUAGUCAUCUAUGCUAUAGAGCUAAGAAAUACAAAAUGUGCAUUAAUACUCUUUCUGGCUCUUGUAAUUCCAGUGUAGGUACACACUGCAGUACACAUAUCCCUAUGCUUACUACAUGGAGUCUGGCCCCCGGAAAAAGCUGGUAAGUAGACAUAUCCCCUUUUUCUUGGUUUGUUUUAUAUUUAUAAAGCAAAAGGCAGCUAUUUAAAAUCACAAAAUCGGCAGUGUAAAAGUUCCUGUUCCAAGUCAUGUGUAUACAGUGGUUUCCUAUGCGGCAAAAACAUACACACUACAUGAACCGAAGCAUCAAGGGGCAAUUCCAGUGCAUUAUUCAGCAGCAGCAUUCCAUCGUGAUUGCACCAGCAACUCCAAACUGUUCAUAUUGCUAAAUACUCAUUGUCUGCAGCUGGACUAUUUUCAGAAAGUAAUCUUUACAGCCAGGAUUACAAAAAAAGAUUUUCUUCUCCAUUACCUUAUAAUGGCAGAAACAUUUGUCUUUCAGAGUUUUGAAAGUGGAGCAGUUGCUAUGGAAAUCAAUGGAUUCAUGAUUAUUGCUACAGUUAGAACUCUGUGCUAGGAUUUCUAUUUGGAAAUUCUCUUUGAAUUUCUUGCAGCCUUCUAGUUACUUUAACCUUUUAACGCCGUUACGGCGGUCUAUGCCCCCGGUAAAUCAGGCGUUCGGGAGCCAUACGAUCACAUGGCCCCCUAUAGCUGGUUGUGGAUCUGCCAGCAGGGAGACGGUCUGGACUGUCAGACAGUCCCCCUGCUGGUGGGUAGUGUAAAAAAAAUAAAAUUAUUAAACAUGUUUAAAAUAAAUUAAAUGUAUAUAAUAAUAUAUAUAUAUAUAUACACACACACACACACACACACACACACACACACACAUAUUGUAUAUGUAACGUCAUACGUAGUGUAUUUUAAUAUUAAUAUGAGUAUAUAUUAGUAUUAAGACACUUAGAAUGAAGUUAUAUAUAUAUAUUAUAUAUAAUAUAUAUAUACGUAUUAUUUAAAAUAAAUAUUUUGAAAAAAUUAAAUUACAUAUACAUAUGUAAUUUCAUUCAUACUGUAUUUUGUUAUAUAUAUAUAUAUAUAAAUGUGUAACAAAAUACACUUAGAAUGACAUUCUAUAUAUCUAUCUAUAUAUAAAAUACAAAUAACCGCAAAUAAAUAUAUAUAUAUAUAUAUAUAUUUACUUAAAUUAUUGCAUACGUAUAGACGUAGAAUUUAAAUACAUAUCUAUAUAUAUUAAAAUUCUACUUGUAUAUUUAAUCUUUUAUCAUAAUUAUGUGAUUUAAUUAAUUAAAAUUUGAUUGACGUGCCUGACAACCCAGGCAGAAAGUGCAGAGAAUUUAAUUCGCAAGCACUAUAUUUAACCCUGUAACUUUCCAAGACACCAUAAAACCUGUACAUGGGGGGUACUGUUUUACUCUGGAGGCUUCGCUGAAACAAAUAUUAGUGUUUCAAAAUGAUAAAUUGUAUUACAACUAUGCUAAUUUUCAGUAAAAGUGAAGUUUUUUGCAUUUUUCACACACGAAUAGCACUUUUACUGAUGAUAUUGUUGUAAUGUUUUACUGUUUUGAAACACUUAUGUUUGUGUUCAGUGAAGUAUCCCAUGUACAGGUUUUAUGGUGUUUUGGAAAGUUAGAGAGUCAAAUAUAAGGCUUGCAUUUCUUUUUUAUUUUUUUUCACGUUGAAAUUUUCCAGUUUGGUAAUGUUGCCUUUGAGUCCGUAUGGACUCCAGGAAUGAGAAUUACCCCCAUGAUGGCACACCAUUUACAAAAGUAGACAACCCAAGGUAUUGCAAAUGGGGUAUGUCCAGUCAUUUUUAAUUUUUGUUUUUGAAAUUCUUUAUUUUACAAUAUUUGACAUUAGGAUUAACAGUUAUAUUCUCGAAAAACAUAAAGGUAGUGGUAGUUUGCAUAUAUAUGUUAAAAGUAGUUACUUUCAAAGCACGUAUUUUUAUGUAUUAAUUCAGUUAAACUGGUUGUGAAGUUGGUUACCUAAUGAAGGCGUGUGCAAGCCGUUUGUGGGUCAGGGGUCUAUCUAAACCUGUUGGUCACUUCACGUUGGCAAAGAGUGAAAUGUGGUAGUCUGUUAUCCGGGUAGGUACUGUAAAUCUAUCGUGGUACUGUCUGUUAAGGAGGUGUGCUCGGUAUUGGGUGUCGAGUGCGUAGGGUGCCUAAGCUAAAGCCCUAUCCCUGGACUGUGUCCAGUAGUGGGUGGUUGAGGUGCACCUCAAGGGUUGGUACAGUACCCUCAUGCGUUGGCAUGAGUGUGUUGACAUGCGUCAGCUAUGUAAGUCUGUGUAGUCGGAGUUCGGGGCUAUCUUGUGCAGGUAGUUGAGGCCCUACAUGGGUUCUAGUAGGUCUGCUCCGGUGUGUCGUAUCUUGUGUGUUGGUCCCCUAAACUUGGAGGGGGGGGAGGUGGUGUCUCCGCGAAUCUUGGUGAGUGUUUAGUGGGUGCGGAGUGCGUCUUGAUGAAUUGUGGAAGGCCUUCUAAGAGUGCGGCAUGAAUACCGGAUAACUGUCUAGGGUUUCGAUGGUGGUCAGGGAGAAUGGUGCCUGUAGGGUGUGUAUAGUUUGUUUGUGGGAACCUGUGUGCAUUAGUAAAGUGUAACAUAUGAAAACAAAAGACUUAAAACGACAAGCUUAGCUAAAGUCUUGACUGAACAGUGUGGCAUAACUUCUUUUGGGUUUGCUUAGUUCCUUCAGGUCGGGGCUAUUGGGUGUUUGCUCCCUCCAGGGAUAAAGGGCACAGUUCUCUCCGGGUCCCAGGUUUGUGAGCUUGGUGUAUUUGCCGACAUCACUUCUGUCGCGAGGAUCCCCAGGGUUCGGAGAUAUGAGUCUGCAUCUUCCGGUGUGGACAGCCUUUCCGUGCUCCCCUCUCUGGUGGCCAACAGGGUGCGCGGUAGUGCCCACCGGUACUCGAUGCCCGCGGUGCGUAGCUGGCUGGUCGCUGGCCCCAUUGAUCGGCGCCAAAGCAACGUGCUGCGGGUAAUGUCCUGGUAGAAGGUGAGUUGUGCGGCUUCGAAGUUGAGCGGGGUCUUGCCUCGCACCGCGGUCAUUAGUUGGAUCUUGUCGUUGGUCAAGUGGCAUCGGACAGUGACAUCUUGCGAGGCUUGACAUUAGGAUUAACAGUUAUACACGCCUUCAUUAGGUAACCAACUUCACAACCAGUUUAACUGAAUUAAUACAUAAAAAUACGUGGUGCUUGCCUCGGUUUUGGCAUGCGGAAGAAGCCCUCAAAGGUGAGGUUUUUUUUGCCUGGGCGUGCGUCAUGAGAGAAGCGGUAAGGCGUCUAAGGUAGUGGGGUAAUUCUGUUAGGCCCAAUGAGUCGGGUAUUCCCCGGAUCUUUAUAUUUACGCGCCUGUGGCGGUCCUCUACCUCAGUGUUUCCCAACCCAGUCCUCAAGGCACACCUACCAGUCCAGGAUUUAGGGAUUACCCAGUUGUGUCUAAGGUGUUUUUACAAAGAAGAAAAAAAACACCUUAGACACAACUGGGUAAUCCCUAAAUCCUGGACUGGUAGGUGUGCCUUGAGGACUGGGUUGGGAAACACUGCUCUAACUGGUCCACUCUGGUUGUUAGAGUGGCCUGUGAGGUCUGCAGUUGGUGUAAGGAUUAUUUUAGGCCUUGUACCUCUUGCCUUAAAUCCAAGAUGUCCUUCUCGGAGGCUUGUGUGCGUGCCGUGACCGCCAUAAUUUCAGUUUUAAGCAAGUCCAAGUUUGCUGCGUGCAGCUGUCUCAUUUCUUGCAGUAAGUCUGAAAUGUCUUGCCUUGUAGCUGGGGUCAGAUAAGGUCCCUGUACUGGGUCUGUUUGGUGUGGGGUGAGUGUGGACCUCUCUGUGGAUCCCUAAUGGCCCCCUGAGCCUCCAUGUUGGUCCGGCUCGGUCGCCAUCUUUGCGGUGGUGGGGCGCUGUAGCAUGGCCCCUAUAUCCUGGGUGUCUUUGCUUGCGCUUAAGGGUUGCUUUUGGGUUUGCCCAUGGUGUCCGCGCCCCGCGGGGGGUUCGCGGUCUGGUGUGUAGGGGAGUAUAUGUAUGUUUCCGGCCACUCUGGUAUUUCCAGCAUUGCUCGUUUGGUGGGGUCUCUAGGUAGGCCCCAGUCCUCCGUCUGGUUUUCCUGCUGGAUUGCGGGAAUAGGAACGGCAUCUGCGUGUGGCUCACCCUCAGAGGUAUCGAGUUGGGUAUUUACGGCUUUCGAUGGUGUGGUUUAGGGUCGGAUAUUUUUCGGCUUUUGUUCUCCUGAUCAGGAGCUUCUGUGUGUUGCACCCAUUCCGUUCAAGCUUUAGGCUCCGCCCGCUGUCCAGUCAUUUUUAGUAGCCACUGGCCAAAUAUUUUUUUGCUUUUUUCACACAAAUACAAAUAUGGACGCUAACAUUGGCCAGUGUUUGUGACCAAGUGGCGACUAAAAUAGACUGGACAUACCCCACUUGCAAUACCUUGGGUUGUGUACUUUGGCAAAUGGUAUGCCAUCAUGGGGGUAAUUCUCAUUCCUGGGUUACCAUACGGUCUCAAAGGUAACAUUACUUAUCUGGCAAAUUUUAAUGUGAAAAAAAUGGAAUGUGCUAUAUUUGACCCUGCAACUUUCCAAAACACUGUAAAAUCUGUUAAUGGGGGGAACUUUUGUAGUCGUGAGACUUUGCUGAAUACAAAUAUGUGCAUUUUAUUGCAUUAAAAGUGAAUAGUAUUAUGACAUUUACAGCUAAAAUGUCAGGCGGAACUCCAAUUUUUUUUUUUUAAUCUUAAUUUCUAAUUUUUUUACAUUUUAACCAUAAUAAGUUAUAUUUCAUAUAUGAAUAGUUAAUGAUAAUUAAAGUACUGUUUCUCCUGAACAAACUGAUAUAUAAUAAGUGUGGGUGAAAGAGGUGAAUUACGGUAGAACAGACAUAUAGCGCAAAUGCCAGUUUGUGUUUACAUUUUGUUUUGAUCAGAAUGUGUACUAUUGACUAUGUCCUGAAGGGGUUAAAUUACAUCACAAUACAUCAUAGCCCAUAUAGUUUUUUUUUUUAUAUAUAUAUAUAUAUAUAUAUAGGCCAAACAUGUAAAAUGCUUUGCACGUAAUGCAUUAAUGUACAUUUAUUUGUUUUAUAUUUCUAGUUUGAGUAUCAGCAGGCCCAGCUAGAGGCAGAAAUAGAGAACCUUUCUUGGAAGGUGGAGCGGGCAGACAGCUAUGACAGAGGGGUGAGUGUUGUAAUUUACCACAACAAGCACAUUUUGUUUUGCUAUGCAAGUUUACUGGUUUCAAUCAUGUAAUAUCUAAGUAAAUAGGUUAACUUAGCCUGUCUCUAGUUUCGAGCAGUGAAUUGGGGUAUUACGAUCACCCAGUCUAAUCACCUUAAUUGUGUUGACUUCAGAAGGAUAAAAGCCUGAGCUGACAUUACCAGAAAUCAAACGUAUGCCUCUGAGCUGUUGGAGCUCUGUCUACUGAGCUUUUUCACUGCUAUAACUUUCGAAAAUAUUUCUAAAUAGACUAUAGAUUGCUUUGUUUGGUACCAGUGUCUUUUAAAUUCUUUUUUCGAAGGCCAAUUUUCAGAUUUGUUUUUGAAGCAAUUGAUUAUAGAAUCACUCCAGCCUCAACUCUCUAACCUUUUCCAUGAAAUAUACAAAGCCGCAGCAGGAUUUGCAGCUUUUGCCAUUAACUACCUUCAUUCAUUACCACAGCCUGGCUGUAAUGUAUUCAUGGCAUUUAGCUCUGCACAUGCAAUUGUAUGUUUAGUGCUCCACAAUAAUAAAGGUGCAGUAUAUGCCUCUGUGUAGCACCCAUUGUACAGUGUGAAUUUUGGUGUCACACUACCUGCAUAAAAUGAGACCGUUCACGUCAAAUUGUUAUUUAGAUAAAAAUUCAAAUGUUGACUGGAUUACCGUGCAUUUAAUGUACUUUAGAAAACAAAACACAUUUUAAGAAAGUCCAGCACAAGUAAAAAGGUGGUUUUAAUAAAUUAUUUUAAAAAUGCAAUUUAAAGACCAAUGUAAUAGUUUAGCUAACACUGUUUUUCAGGAUAAGCAAACAAUUGCACGUUCUUUUCAUUGUCAGGUUGCCCUUUGCAGGAAUUUAUCUCAUAUUAUCUGUAUUGGCAGAGAUGGGCAUCCACUUGCACAUUUAAACUGUUGGCAGGAAUAGGAAAACACUUGCACCGUCCAGCUCUUGACACAGAUAGAUAGUCAACUUCUGAUGCUCUCAGUCUAUUAGCAAUCCGUUGCCAAUCUCCUGCACGCUACAUCUUUUGGUAGACAUAGGCAACCUCGUUGCUGUUGGCCACCAUUUUAAAUGUUGAAAGAACACCUUUGAAUAUCCCCUGUAAUGUUUCUGCAAUCACUAAUCACAAAUGUAUUAAUGUUUAUUUCCAACCAUUAGGACCUGGAGAAUCAGAUGCAUAUAGCCGAGCAGCGCCGAAGAACAUUGCUUAAAGACUUUCACGACACAUAGAUGGCGGAAGCCUUUUUCUUUCUCUUUGUUUUUGUUUUUUUCCCUUUGGGAAGCGGGAGCAUGUUGAAGCGCAAAGGGGAUUUGAUGCUGCAAGAGACACAGUAGUUCUGAAUAAUACCCACUCUUUUCCCCGCUCGCUCGUACAAAAUGUUGUCCCAUUUUUACUUUUUUGUUUUUGGCUUUUGUUUUUUCAUCCCAGCCACACCUUUGCCAGAUUAACUGCCAUAAACAACCCCCCUCCCGCCCCUGGUGAUAUGUGCUUUCACCCAAGCCCCCCCUUCUUUGCCUCCCUUAUUUUCCACCCUUGAGUAACUCUUUUCACUGCCUUGUAGGUCUGCACCACAUUGUGAAGCAAUGCCUUGCGCUCCCAUCUAACAGAGAAAGAGUUAAUAACUAUUUUUUCCCAUAUUUUUUUCUUCUCUCCGUUAACGCUCCAGAUGGCAAUUGAUGGAAAAAGUAGUUCAAUUUUUUGAAUGGCUGUUAAUAGAAUUAGAUUAUGCAAACUUGUCAUUUUGAACUGUUGUAUAAUUAUACAGAAAAAAAAAUCAUAGAAAUACAAAAAAAACAAAAAAAAACACUUUUUAAAACAUCCCGAUUUUGGAGUUUUUUUUAUUUUGAAUAUAUGAAGACGAUGCAGUUUAAAAAAAAAAAAAAGGCUAAUAUGUAACAGAAUUAUUGCUGAAUGAGAUCUUUCAUCCAGUCUUUGUCCUGUAACAGCAAAACAUGAACAUGGUGGCUACAUCCCGUACCAUUAAGUGUCUUUAUUAUUUUUUUUUUACCUUGAACAAGAAGCAGCCAGCAUGUCAGUGCAUCUUGCACUGUAUCAUAGAAAAUGUGAAGCAGAGAGUAGUAGUACAUUAUUUUCUUCCUGUUUGAAAGGGGGGGUGGGGGGGCGGACAAGUGGAUAGUGCUAUAGUGCAAGUAUUUUUUUUUUUCCUUUUGUCUCAUUUACAUAAAAGCCUGAUAGUGG